CAAACAUUUUGAAAGUAUUUUGAGAAGAAAUCGCGCCAGAUUCAUCAUUCGAAAGAAAUUCAAGCGUUUUUGUCAUAAAAAUGAAUAUUUCUGCAGAGGAGGACCCUGAUUUGCGUGAUCUAGUCGCACAUACGCUGGAAAACAAUGGAGUGCUUGGAAGAAUUAAGGCUGAAUUGCGAGCAAAUGUGUUUAUGGUGUUAGAUGCUCAUGACAAAAAUGAGAUGAACCAACUGCCAUUUGUCAAUGAGAAGCUCAAGAAUUUUAUAAACACCAAAGAAGGUCGUCUUGUGACUGGUUUAGUGAAAGAGUUUUUAGAAUUUUUUGGUUUGGAGUAUUCACUGGCUGUGUUUGACCCUGAGACUGGCUUUGGUGAUCGCUACCAGGGCAGAGAAGGUUUAGCAGAAGAUCUUAAUCUUAGUAAUGUGGUCAAUAGUUCUAAGCCAGUCAUAUCCUCGCUCCUUGAAAACAAUUUACAACCUGCUAUGCCAAAACUUGAUUUGGGAUCUAUCACUGAGGAUAUACUGAAGAAAGGUCGUGUUAGUCCAGAAAUAUCACCAAGAUCAGUGUCCUCUGGGAGUAGGAACAGUAGUCCAAGAAUGAGCAGGAUUCCUCAGCGAGUGAAAGAAAAGAAAAAGACAGAGAAAUUGGAUAAGAGUGAAACGAAAACUCCUAAAGAUUCUGAUAAAUCUCUUGAUGAGGAAUUGAAAUCUGGGGGCCUCAAAACAGGGAACUCCAGGAAUUCUGAUUUGAGUGUUAGUUUAAACGAUGAUGAUAUCUUGGCGGAGUUUACAAAACCACGUUUAACUUCAUCUAAAGACAAAGCUAGCACCGACGGAAAGAAAGGAUUCUUACUAGAUGAGAGCACAACACGGCCAUCCUUUGAAGAAUCUUGGCUUCAUACUGGCAAAAGUAGUUUACCUUCUCUGAAAGAUAGAUCAUUAUUAUCAGGUUCGAAAGAUCUUGCAGUGUCGUCAGGUUCUGCGGACUUCAAGGAACUAGAAGAAAUUGAUCGUCGAAUAAACGAACUGGGUUUCGGUGUUCCAGCGGAGGACAAAGCUUCAAGUCAAGGUGACGAUUAUAACGACAGCUAUGCCGAUGAUUUUCAUCCAAGCACACAUAGUAAUAAUUCAAGUAUUCCUGAAGAGAUUGAUCUUGGAAGCUUCAAAAGCGAUCAUAGCAAGACAGAUGACUUGGUAACGUCGGAUAGGACCAUAUCUCCUGAGCCAGUGGAUUUUAAAGAUCUAGAUUAUAGUGAAAAUGUUAAUUUUUAACUGAUAUUUAUUCUGUAUAUAUGGCUGUGAGCCUCUGUAUAUUAUUUUAUGAAUAAAUAUUUUUAUUUCAUAUA